AUGCGUCGUGCGGCUAUUCAGGCUUACCGGACUGCUCGGCGUGUACCGGGAUGGAGAGUCGCACUUAGGAAACCGUGCAUUUCAUUCUCCAGUCACCAGGUCCUCCCCUCGCCCGUCGGCAGAAUCCCAGCGUCGCUACAGUCCUCAAUGCAGCUACGAAACUUCUCCCUCGCUGUGAUCUCGACCAUAAUUGCUUCUGGAGCCUGGUAUGUUUACCAGGGUGAGAACUCCCCGUUAGUAUCAGUGGCGGGUCUGAAUAGGACUUCGCUGUCGUUGUCGGGUAUCGCUACGGCACACGCCGAAGCACCGUCGGAUUCGACUCGUCGUGCGCUCUUGGUGGAAAACGACCAGUUUUACACCACCGUCCUCUCCGAAGAUCAGCCCCUUUACAAGAAGACCGACGAUUCGGACCGCCGCGUUCUCGGAAUGUUGACACCGGAGCAAGCGACGCAGAAACUGAGGAAGAACCAAGAGUCAUACUUGGUGAAUCGCGGCAAGGGAGUAGUUCGAUACGACAUUGUUCAAGUUCCCAGCAACUCGCCCAUCGAAGAUGACCAUGCGGAGAAGAUUGUCGAAGUGCCGUCGUCCGUGGCCGCGUCUAAAGAGGGCAGCGCAAACAGCGACUGGAUGUUCUGGGCGGUGUUUGACGGUCACUCAGGAUGGACCACAUCGGCUAAACUACGCAACGUCCUUAUCUCCUACGUCGCCCGAGAAUUGAAUUCUACCUACAAAGCUGCGGCUACCGACCCUUCGUUGCUCCUCCCUUCUUCUGCGGCCGUGGAUGCAGCUAUCAAGCAAGGAUUCGUCCGUUUGGAUAACGAUAUCGUGCACAACAGUGUUGACAAGGUUUUCAAAUCUAGUUCCCGGAGUGUUGCUGCUGAACUCCUUGCUCCCGCUUUGUCUGGAUCCUGUGCUCUCCUUGCUUUCUAUGACUCUCAGUCCAAAGACUUGAAGGUUGCUUGCGCUGGUGAUUCUCGUGCGGUCCUGGGCCGUCGAGGACCUGGUGGGAAAUGGACUGCUACGCCACUUUCCGAAGAUCAGACUGGUGGAACUCCGUCUGAAAUGAAGCGUCUGCGGGAAGAACAUCCUGGCGAGCCUAACGUCGUCCGCAAUGGAAGAAUUCUGGGCCAAUUGGAGCCCAGCCGUUCAUUCGGCGACGCGUUCUACAAGUGGAGCAAAGAAACACAGGAGAAGAUCAAGCGGCAAUUCUUCGGAAGAACGCCCUCUCCAUUGCUCAAGACCCCUCCUUAUGUCACCGCAGAACCCAUCAUCACAACGACCAAAAUUGAUCCUAGUCAAAAUGACUUCGUUGUCAUCGCGACAGAUGGUCUCUGGGAGAUGUUGAAUAACGAGGAAGUUGUCGGACUUGUGGGCCAAUGGCUCGAACAGCAGCACUCUGGUGGUGACAAGUCAUGGCUCAAGAGCUGGUUUGGAUUUGAGAACAAGCAGUUGCCUGUGGAAGCUUCUCAACAGGAAGCCCUAGGAGGACAGCGUGCCCCCAUUCGCCAACAACAGUACGAUCUCUCGGCUGCUGCCGAGAGAUUUGUUACGGAGGAUAACAAUGCGGCCACUCACCUUGUCCGCAAUGCUAUGGGUGGCAAGCACAAGGACAUGGUCUGUGCAUUGUUGACUCUUCCUAGCCCGUAUUCACGGAGAUAUCGUGAUGAUGUUACCGUAGAGGUCAUCUUCUUCGGCGACAGCGCCGACACUCGUACGGUUGCCAUCAAUCAAGAAGCCAGUGCUACAGAUGAGAAAGAGAAAGCCAAACUCUGA